AUGAAGUUCACUACAGCAAUUGUCGCUUCCCUGGUGGGAACCAGCACCGCCUUGUUCGACAAGAACCUGCCCUGGGGCAAACGCGACUACGCCUGCGUAAACGUCUACCAAGGCAUCCCCGACAACUCAACUGUCUCUGCUGGCCAAGCCGUGCGUGUCAACUUCGACCGGAAGCCCACGGGACGCUGCCCAGACCCAUUGAACCAAUACCCCGGCGACGACUACAGCGUGUGGCUAUACAAUAACCCCGUGCGUAACAUGGAUGCCAUUUCCUUCGACCAGUCUAUCAAGAUCACCGAUGGCAUUAAGGAGAAGGCGGGUGGUGUGGAUAUCACCAUUCCAAAGGACUUGCCUCAAGUCAAGGAUGGCUCGCUUUGGUAUCUGAGGGUUGGGACUACUCUCUCAACGGCACCGCAGGUAUGUUCUUUCUUUGUUGAUUUUACUUUUUCUGGGGGUGGAACUGUGUGCUUUCGGGCUGUGAUUAUCUUGGCUUUUUGUUUGAUUUCAGGGGCUAAUCAAUAUUAUGCAGAUGCCUAG